UUUUUUUUUCUUUCGUUCAAAAACAGAAAACCCUUUUCGGUCCAGAUUAGGAAUUACAGAAAUCUCUAUCCUUUCUCCUCUCUAAUUCCAUUUAUGAGAUUAUUUUUUGUCUUAUUUUGGAUGGAUUCUCUUGUUGUUCUAGAUUUCUGAUUUAAAUUGUCUGUUUCUGCCUCUCACUCACGUCCCUUUCCCAACAAAAACGUUACUUUUCCCAAAACCAAAACCCACUCUCUCCUUCUCCUUCUUCUUCUUCUUCGUCUCUCUCACGUUCUAAUUUCACAGAGAGGAAAGCAGAGCAGGGAGCUAUCAUGGGUAGGCCUCCAAGUAACGGAGGCCCUUCAUUCCGCUUCAAUCAGACUGAGGUUGCUGAGAUGGAAACUAUUCUGCAUCAACACAAUAAUACAAUGCCAGCACGGGAACUUCUAGUGGCCCUUGCAGAGAAGUUCAGUGAAACAGCAGAGCGAAAAGGCAAAUUUCAAGUGCAAAUGAAGCAAGUUUGGAAUUGGUUCCAAAAUAGGCGAUAUGCUAUUAGAGCAAAAUCAAGUAAGGUUCUUGGGAAGUUAAAUGUGUCACCUAUGAUGCCUCGGGUGGAUUCAACUCCAGUGAGAACUGUUCCUCAAGGCCCCCAACCUAUAGCUGCUCCUAUACAUGCUCCUUCAGUUCCAAGCUCAGCAAGGGGUGCUUCUGAAAAUCCUAUCUUGGAGUUUGAAGCUAAAUCUGGAAGGGAUGCUGCAUGGUAUGAUGUUGCUAACUUUUUAUCUCAUAGACAUUUGGAGAGUGGUGAUCCGGACGUACUGGUUCGGUUUGCUGGAUUCGGACCAGAGGAGGAUGAGUGGGUUAAUGUUCGGAAGCAUGUCAGGCAGCGGUCUCUUCCAUGUGAAUCAUCGGAGUGUGUUGCAGUUCUCCCUGGAGACCUCAUACUUUGUUUUCAGGAAGGUAAAGAGCAGGCUUUGUAUUUUGAUGCCAAUGUCCUUGAUGCUCAAAGACGAAGACAUGAUGUAAGAGGUUGUCGUUGUAGGUUUUUAGUGCGCUAUGUUCACGAUCAGUCCGAGGAAAUUGUUCCACUGAGGAAGGUUUGCCGUCGGCCUGAAACGGAUUACAGGUUGCAUCAACUUCAUGCUGAAAACAACACAACAGCAGCGGAGCAGAAAAGUAUGGAUCAUUUUAAGGUGCCUGCUACUUCUGCUGAAAUGAUACAAAAGCAGCAGAAUGCAGAUGCCGCGUUUGCGUCCCCAGUUUUUCAUGCUAAUGCUUCUUUUGCUCCCCAAGCUUCAACUCCGGAACUUAGAAAACCCGAAAUGAGCAUUGUUCUUAGUGCAGGAAAUACUUGUGGUCCAUCAGGUAGUGCUGGAGUCACUAGUGGUAGUGCUACAAGUUGUGCUGUACUCACAAGCUGCACUGCUACAGUCCUCCCUCAUGGCGGUUCCGUUGGGAACAUACCUGGAGGGAAUUAGUAGGCUGCUUUGACGAAUUUGUCAUUCGGUUGUACUGUGUUGUUAGUGUCCUCUUAUUGUGUAGGAUGAUUAGUAUGCCGGGUUCGACCUCUUCACAGCACUGGGUUUUCAUCAGUGUGAGAAUUGAGUAUGAGCUUUCCCUUGUAUACUAAUUCAGAAUAUGACUAUUCAAAGAAAGUGUUGGAGUUUUCAAUUUUACCUGUUGAA